UGUAAACAAACAACCGUCAACCCAUUCACCAGCCGGUUACAUCAAAGCGGUGUUGUGCUUCCAUCGAAAUCAUAAUCGAAAGGGCGAGAAUUAUUAAAUCCCCAUCCCUAUGUUCGCUACCAGCGCUCGAGCAUUUCACAGGAAAGCUACCCUGCAAGCCCUUCUCCAGCAUCCAGUGCGAUGGUAUUCGGAGCGAAAUAUUCUGAAGCUAAAAGAGCGCGGCUUCAUACAGGAUGUGUUUCCGGCCGAAACGAUCGAUAAAGCCCGCUCGAUGCUUGGCUCGACGACCCAAACCGUGUAUGCUGGCUUUGACCCGACCGCUAACAGUUUGCACGUGGGCAAUCUGUUAGUACUGAUUGGGCUGUUGCAUACCCAGCGCGCUGGCCAUCAACCGAUAGCACUGGUUGGCGGUGCAACCGGUCUGAUAGGGGAUCCAUCCGGGCGCAAAACCGAACGACAGUUGCUCGAGACGGAAACGGUACAGCAUAACGUGGCGUGCAUUAAGCGACAGAUAGAGACCAUUUUUACGAACCACGUGCGCUUUUUCUGGGACAAACCUGGCACUCUGAAACCGGUGCUGGUGGUGAACAAUGCCGACUGGUACCGGCAGUACAGCUUCGUCGAUUUUAUGGCGAACGUUGGGCGACACUUUCGCAUGGGUGCAAUGCUUUCCCGGUCGUCCGUCCAGAGCCGGCUUACAAGCGAAACCGGCAUGAGCUUUACCGAGUUUUCCUACCAACUGUUCCAGGCGUACGAUUGGUUGCAUCUGUUGCGGCACCACAACUGCCGGUUUCAGCUUGGCGGUUCGGAUCAGAUGGGCAACAUCAUGUCCGGGCAGGAGCUGAUCAGUCGUACCGAGUCGAAGGAAGUGUUUGGCCUAACGUUGCCACUCAUCACGAACGAGGAGGGUGAUAAGUUUGGCAAAUCAGCCGGUAAUGCUGUGUGGCUGUCAGACGAACGGACCUCACCGUACGCGAUGUAUCAGUUUUUCGUGCGCACGCCUGACUCGGAGGUGGAAAGGUUGCUACGGUUGCUUACCUUCCUGCCGGUACAGACGGUCGAGCAGGUGAUGGCAAGGCAUCGUCGAACGCCGGAGCUGUGGGAGGCACAGAAGCUGCUAGCUGGGGAGCUGACCAAAUUGGUGCACGGCGAGGCCGGACUGGAGAAAGCGAUGGGCAUCAGUAAAGCACUUUACAAUGGUGACCUUUCCACGCUCGAACUGCUGGAGGUGAAGGAUAUAGCGCAGAGCUUUGGUGGUGCACCGCUCUGUGAGAUUCUGCCCGAACCGGGAAUGACGGUGGUGGAUGUGGCGCUUCGUGCACGGUGCUUCCCGAGCCGGUCGGACGCGGAACGGAUUAUCGGGGCGGGCGGGUUCAGUAUAAACUUGAAGAAAGCCAAAAAUCCUGCGGAAGUAUUGUCACCUUCGGUGCACAUCCUUUCGAACCGGAUUUCGUUGUUGCGUGUAGGUAAAAGGAAUUAUUAUAUCGUAAAGUGGUUGCUGUAGAAUGGAUCGGUAGCAUGGUUGGGAAUAAAGUAAGCAUGUAUAGUUGUAUUCCCUCGUUUAAAAUGUGAUUGAAACAGAGUAUCCGUCAUCAACGAAAUAGGAAGUCUGUUAGACAAAGAGACGAAUACAAAUAAUUAACAAUUUUUGUUAGAUAUAUUGAUUAUAACGGAGCUAAUUUGGUGAUGGAUGUUAGCGAUUUCAUUCGAAGAACCACCAUACGACCGCUUCCCAGAACAUCUAUGCAACUCAAGUGCUGAACAUGUCGCUAUAAACACAUCCGUUUGCUGUCAAACGAUGAUUGUUUACCAAUGUCUCUAGUGCAGGUCCAGAACGUUGAUACGAAUCAUGAUUUACGAAUAGAUAGCCAAGACAGAAGCCUAGAAUGUGCGUGAAACCAGUAAGUGGUGGUUAUUUCGCGUAGAAACGCAGCAUUUAAUGGCCUAAAGCUGUCGGUUCACCGGGAACGCGAGUGCGGUGCGGCAGAGAACGAAACCAGCCUAGCCAGCAGUGGUGAGCUACAGAAGUGGUUUCAGGAGUGUGCAAGGAACGAGACGCGAAAGAAAGUUGACUGCCGUGUGGCCCAGAACAGGGCACGGAGAAGGGGAACCGAUCGGGAUAACAG